AAGCAUGGCAGUUUUUUUAGCAAUCUACAAUGGUUUAAAUGUAAACAUGGUUGAGGCGUUAGCAUACUGCCAAUUGACAGAAGCUAAACACGUUUACAAGUAAAAGUGAAUUAGUUCUUCGCCUGUUCUUGUCCCAUUGCUGACCGUGGAGAGAGCAGAGCAUCUUCAGAGGAAGCAGUAAAUGGCUGAUCAGCUGGUUACCGGUUGGCUUCGUAUCGUCGCAGGCUCUUUGGAAAUAGAGGAAUGCAAAUCUGCAACCAUGAUGGAAGGAUUGAAAAAACGUACCAGGAAGGCCUUCGGGAUACGGAAGAAAGAGAAGGACAGUGACUCUACAGGGUCUCCAGACAGAGAUGGUGGUGAACCCCAAGAGGUUGAAUCGUCUCAGAAGAAGACAAAUGGAGCCCCGAAUGGCUUCUAUGGAGAUAUCGACUGGGAAAGAUACAACUCCCCUGAGUUGGAUGAUGAAGGCUACAGCAUCAGACCUGAUGAAGAGUCAGAGGAGGGAGCUACCAAAAAGACCCAUUUCUUCUCGUCUGACGAGUCUGAGGAGGAAGAGGACCACAAGAAGAAAUUCAAAAUCAAAAUCAAACCGCUGCCAGCUGAUUGUGUCAUAUCGGCUCCUUCGGUUGAUGAGCUCAAAGCCUCCAUAGGAAACAUAGCSCUGUCCCCGUCUCCUAUGAGGAGUCCGAGACGUAGCCCGGGUAUUAAAAGGAACACAUCUAGUGAGGAAAUUGCCAGGCCAAGGCGUGCCGUUCCUGCUGCUCCCAUCGUGGCCCCCACACCAGCUCCAGCACCACAACCACCCAGCAAUCAGCAAACAGCAUUCCCUGAAGACACCACAGCCUUAUUUGGGCCUCCUUUAGAAACAGCCUUCGGAGAACAGAAAACUGAAGUGGUUCUUUCUGAGCCCGAUGUGUGGGGGACUUCUUUCUCAGAGCCUGAAUCCUCUUUAACCAGGUCCUUCCCCACAGGAACUCCUCCUCCCCUUCCGCCUAAGAAUGUCCCAACUUCACCCCCUACAACUGAAGCCCCUUCUCCAGAUGCGGCUGAAGCAUCAGCAGAUGCAAAUGACUCAAGCAGGAAGCCCUCCAUAGCAGACCUGGACAACAUUUUUGGGCCRGAGGUGGCUCCCCCUGCUGGUGAAGAUACAGACGACAAGUGGGUCUGCUUCAGUGAACACUCUCCUGCUGGGCCACCAGCACCAAAGGAACCUGCACCACAUAUGCCGUCUUCACCACCCCCUCCUGAAGAGCCAGCACCUCCUCCACCAGCCUCCCCUCCUCCACCUGAAUCCCCCGCUCCCCCYCUACCUACAUCAGCUCCUCCUCUCCCCAUCGCUCUUUCCCCAAAAGAAGACUCGCCUCCUCCUCUUCCAACCUCCCCACCUCCGUCACAGGAGCCUUUCUUGCCUCCUAUWCGUUCAGGUCCCUCCACACCAGAAGACCAAAAUCCACUCUCCAUCGCCUCUUCUCCCCCACUUGCAUCAAAGGAGCAUACAUCACCUCCAGCUUCCUCCCCUCCCCCUCUUAGCUCACCUGCUGGUGUCCCACCAGUCCCCGCCCCCAAGGAGAGCACCUGUGAAGUGGUGACUCUGCUUUCUGAAGAACCCUCAGCUUCCUCAAUCCCAUCACCCCUUGUCCUCUCUCAAGAAGAGCAGUCUAAGAACACAAACGCCUCUCAUCCCAAAGAGGAAAGAGGUGAAACGAUCACCUCUCCCAAAGACACCAGCCAGGAAAGUCGGAGCACACCCCCACCGCCGCCUCCUCCUCCAACAUACCGUGCAGUAGUUUCAUCACCAGGCCCCACAGCUGGAGCAGGAGGGRCAAAUAGUGGUUCCUCCUCACCUGUAAGACCUUCCACCCCCUCGUCAGUCAACCCAACCCCACCCCCACCUCCGCCUCGGCCCCCUUCACGACCCAAGCUUCCUCCUGGGAAACCUGCUGUUGGAGAUGUGAACCGGCCGUUCAGCCCACCAAUCCACUCGGCGAGUCCCCCUCCCAUUGCUCCGUUGGCGCGAGCUGAGAGCACCUCCUCAAUCUCCUCCACCAACUCCCUGAGUGCCGCCACCACACCCACUGUUAGCAAGGAGCUGUGUGUGUCUGUGUCAGAAGAUGAUGCUUAUGUAGACAAACUGCCCACCUUUGAGAGGCACUUUGAUUCAUUUGCAGAGAAUGACCAGCCAUCCCUUGUUUGGUUUGACAGAGGGAAGUUUUAUUUAACCUUUGAAGGCUGCUCCCGAGGACCGAGCCCUCUCACUAUGGGGGCCCAGGACACACUUCCUGUGGCCGCGGCAUUCACAGAGACUGUCAACGGCUUUUUUAAAGGAGCAGACCCCAGCAAGUGUGUUGUGAAGGUCAUAGGUGAGAUGGUUUUAUCGUUUCCGGCAGGAAUCACACGGCACUUUGCCAAUAACCCGUCCCCUGCCGUGCUAACCUUCAGCAUAACCAACUACAGCCGACUGGAGCAUGUUCUGCCUAACCCCCAGCUGCUCUGCUGCGACACCACCACGCAAUCUAAGGCUGAUUCAAAGGACUUCUGGGUGAAUAUGCCAAACCUGAUAUCCCAUCUAAAGAAGGUGGCUGAGCAGAAGCCGCAGGCAACGUACUACAACGUCGACAUGCUCAAGUAUCAGGUAUCAACGAAUGGCCUCCAGUCGGCUCCUCUGAACCUGGCUGUGAGCUGGAGAUGUGAGCCCACCAGCACUGACCUGAGGAUAGACUACAAAUACAACGGGGAGGCCAUGUCGACGCCRAUGGCUCUCAACAACGUCCAGUUUCUCGUCCCAAUCGAUGGAGGUGUUUCAAAAUUACAAGCUGUCCUACCUCCUGCUGUAUGGAAUGGAGAGCAGCAAAGAAUCCUAUGGAAGAUCCCUGAUAUCUCCAAGAAAUCUGAAAACGGAGGUGUGGGGUCCCUAUUGGCACGCUUCCAGCUAACAGAGGGUCCCAGUAAACCGGCGCCGCUGGCAGUGCAGUUCACCAGUGAGGGCAGCAACCUGUCAGGAUGUGACAUUGAACUGGCUGGACCAGGAUAUCGCUUCUCUCUAGUUAAAAAGAGGUUUGCUGCAGGAAAAUACCUGGCUGACAAUUGACCCCCACUAAGAGCAGCACUGUUGAACUGAACGACUGUCRUGGACCAAGGUUAGCAACGCGACCAGAGGGCAGACCCAAACCAGACACUCCUAUGACCCUUUCUGAACCCACACGGCAAGGUCUGCAGCCUACCCAGCAGUAUUGUAUAACUUGCAUAUAGCAUUGUGGAACUGUUUCACGUCAUGUAAUUAUAGUAUUUGUACUCAUCUCAUACAAAACGUGUGUUGCUGCAGUUAGACACCUGGGUUCUUUCCUUCUCUAAAGUCUGUGCCUCUGUCUCCAUCCUCCUCUGGUCAGUGUUUGGUGGUGUUAUUUAAAGUUUCACUGCAGCUGCCUGACAGAAGACUUGGACAGAGCAUUUUUCUUUGGUCUGUGAGGAACUUUUUCGCAGUGACGCAUCUCAGCCCACACAGUUGAAUCAGCAUGUACAGCAGUACGAAAUGAGUUAUGCUAAAUCACAAACCUCAGAGCAAACACGCUUUUGUUAAUGAUUGUUGUCAGUGCGUUGAAACAAUCUAAUAAAAACAAAUUCAAGUAGCUACAUAAACAUAGUUUUUCAAGGAUUACAUGCUGGUACUACAGGGUCUUACGACUUUCAAUUGCAUCCUGUUUGAUGCAACAAUCUGAUAAUUCUCUCUCUUUAUUGCACACUUAUACUGAGAAGUGUUAGGCAGCUGCAUUGAUGAGUCAGUUCACUGGUUGAAAAUAAAAAAAUCUAAAUAAAAAUGAGCAGGGUUUUCCUGUCAGAACAAAAGAAUUGUACAGUGUCAUUUUAACAUGUAUCUCAAAGGGCGUUUGGUGUUUUCCUCGUAUUGUCAGAUAGCCUUUCUGUUGUUCCCAGAACAGCAGUGUUAGACACCAGAGUUACAUGACAGCAUUCUAUUUUUAUUUAUUGAUGACGAUUUGUUGUAUAAAACAUGUGAUUCUGUAUAUGAAUAGAAUCUGAAUGGUAUCACACAACUUGGAACCCUUAAAUGUAUAAAUAUUUGAAUUCUCUUGCAUUUUUGUUAUCUGUGUAGUUGGGUAACCUUGUGUACAGUAUAAGGUAUAAUUUUUUGAAUUUAUUUCAGAUAUAAUUUUUUAACUCAAGUGCAACAAGAUUUGAGCUAUAUAUGGGUGGGGGCCGUGGGGUAAUUUAAAGAAAAUGAUGAAUAUCUUCCUGGAUGCCGUGUUAUGCUUUCUGAAAGCAGUGUUAUCGUAGAGUUAGAAGUCCACACUUCAAUAAAGUUGUAUGCGUACGUUUUAUUUUGAAAGUUCAUGCUAACCAGCUAGCCCUUCUAUACCAUCUUUAGAGGUUAUUCACCCAUUCAUAGUUUUUAUACAAUCACUUCUAUUGCAUAUAUAUAAGAAUCUUUUGCAGUUGGUCAAUCGCCAUUUAGUCGCAUUGUAAAUCAAAUCAGCUCAACUUUUCUGCAACUUGCUUAUGAAUCAGGUGGGAGUGGCUGUUUAGCAUUACAAGCUGUUAAUGGGGGCAUAACAAAAGUCAUGUUUCCAACAUCUAGAGUAGUUUUUCUGAGCCCUUUAUUUUCUAUUUUAACUUCAUCUGCCAGAGUGAAAGUCUGAACCAAAGCAGGGCCUGUAGUACCCUUGGUAUUACCUUUGUAGUGAUCUCUGGAUUUCAAAUUGGCAGAAUAUUUGAACCAUUUUGUUUUGGAAGUACUCCACUGUUUGUGUUUUGCAUUGCCUUUACAUGUAAUAUAUUUUAAUUGCAGUACAUGUAUGCAAACAGGGAGACCAAAUCUUCUUAUCAUAGUAUUAUUUUAGUGUUUUAAUUUGUUUAUGUGGAAAUGUUUUACGUUUGUUUUGAGGCACAAUAAAAGCAAUUACACCACCAGAAGAAUGUUUAUUUUUAACUAAUUAGAUGUUUUUAAAGAUUGCAUGUGUGCAAUGUUAUUUUUAGACACAUGGCAUUGAUUUAAUUUAUCAUAUGUCUGAUAAUGUGUCAUGUUUCCUCAGAGUUUUGGGAGAUUGUAAUAUUGUGUCCAAGUAAAACACCGAGAAAAUAUCAGACAUGUUGGUUAUAACAGCUGAGUGCUUCUGUUUAUCUCUCAUCUGCCAUAAAUAUAAUUAAAGGCUUUUGCAGCUGUAGAGUACAUUUGAAACUCUUUACAGUUGCACCUUUAAGUGGAGAUUGAAAUGACUUUAUAUAAGAYGAAGAGAAGUCGCUGUAAAAUAAGAAUCGGAUAUAGUUCGCAUUCCUAAAUAAGUACUUAAUGAGAACAUUUAGUUGUGAAUCUACACCUGUGAGUUGCAGACUAACAACUGAGUCAAGCGACUUUUUUUCUACAUAAAACUGCACCGCAGGCAAGACACACAGCAAACAACCCAGGGUAGACCGGGGGUUCGCAGUCAUUAGCUUUUAAGGGGAUAAUGGUUCAGGAAAACAUAAUUAUGUUGAUAAAACAUGUAAACUUAACAUUACUGUCUUCUGUCCAAGAUGCUGGAGUCAGUUUCCACCUGCAGGUUGAUGGAUUUGCCAGAUAGCAGUUGAAUGUCAUGUGCCAGCACCAUAGGACAGGCUCUAUUAAAGCUAGUUGGUUGCAGCAACUGAACUUUCAAAGAGUAAAACUUGCACAUACACACUGAAAUGUUUGACAUUUUAGAAUUAUCAUUACAUUUUAUAUCUGCCUGGGGACUGUUCACUUAGCAUAAAGACUGGGUUUAUAUUUAUUAAUUAAAUAUUUCCUAGCCAGUACCUAAGAGACUCAGAGUAUCACACAUUUUGUUUUCUUAACUGAAGAUAUCAAUCUAUCUUAAAGAAAAAGUGUAACAUGCACCUUAAAUGAAGCUUCAGAGGUUCUUUUAUGCAGAUUAGUAUAAUGCAGCUGUUUUUAAUCAAACCAAGAUGAUUUUUAUCCAUUUCCCUGACAGUGCCAAACGGCCCUGCUUCAGCAAAUCUGUUGCAGGUUUUGGCGCUGUUACAACUCGCUCAAGCUUUUACAGAUUCAAAGUUUUAAUUAGGUGAAUCCCCCUGGCUUACCAAAUAGCUGUAGAAAAUCGCAAGGUUCCCUUUAAUUUUACAUGUCUUACUAAUUGAUUAUGAAAUAGAUUACUCAGAUGCAAAAAUAUUGCAUAUUUUUUCUAAUAUCAGUCAAAAACUGUUAGCAAGUAUUCAUUAGCAUCAGCAUUGGUUACUCUUACCUCCCUACAGCCUUGUGAGACCUGAGACUUGUUCACUUAUGAAUAUAGCUACAUUUGCUGUUUCCCCUUGAUUACAGUCUUUAUGCUAAGAUAAGCUAACAAGAAGUUUGUGGUAAAUCCUGUGUGAGCGGCCCCUGAAGCUGGAGUUCUCAGUUCAGAAAGUCAAACCUCCUUGAGCUAUCCAGGGUGGAAAUCCAAAAUGGCUGCCAUGCAUAUACAAGAACAAAAAAUUUGCAGUUGUAGAUUUUUGCUUUCAAAUUGAAUGCACUCAACAUCCAACUUCCAAGGCAAAUGGAUGGCAGUAUUAACGAACCCAAAAUGUCAAGCAGUUUUUUUCAAAUAUAACAUGUACAACAAUAAAAAAUGUAAAAAAAAUUUCCCACCUGCAAAUACGUUUACUGGGACCAGCUUGUUUCUUGUGCCCUCCGAGUAAAAGAGAAACUUUAAUCCAGUAAAUAAAAGUACUACUAGAUACUACUAGCCUUUGGUUUUUACCAGUUAUACUUUUCACCUGAUACCAGUUAUCUCAAUGGUAACUAACUCCCAGACUAAACCUUAUGCAGCACACCCAGUUGAUCAUGCCAGCGCUUGAAUUCAUGGCUUUAAUUUUCAUAUAUGUAAUGGUCUCUGUGAGAUGACUUGAUUUGAAUGAGGGUGUGAAGCAAGGUUAAGUAGACCAAAAUUCUAUUUUUGUUCUGUUUUUGUAUUUUGUGUGUGUGCGUGUGUGUGUGUGUGUGUGUGUACCCCGGACAGUCAGUCCUGUGUUGAGGAUAAUAAGAUGAAUAUUUUUAAAAUGCAGAAAAAUAUAUUAUUGUUUAAUGUGAGAACAACAACACUGUGCUGAUUAUGUUCAACUUCCUGAAUGCUCUGAAACAUGAAGAACAAAGUCUGUGUAUGAAGUGGAACUGAAAACUGUAUGUGGUGUACCGUUUGUCUGCAUUCUGCUAAAUGUAACCAAUCACUGUCUCAUGACUAACUCUAGAGGGGGAAACAAAUCUGUAAAUCUAAUCAUUUUGACUUAUGAAGUACUUUUGACUGGAUAUAGUUUGCAUUGUAAAUAUAUUUAGUGACUGAAGAGCUGGGCUGCACAAUUAAAUUCAAACGGAUGUUUUAUGUUCUUGUGUGCAAAUCCAAUAUAAGGGAACAUAGAAGAUGAAUUUUGAAGUAAGAUGACUGAUUGGUGCCAUUUAGCUUCCAGUGAAACCUUCAUCUGAUAAUAAUAGCUUUUAUGUUGAAUAGAUACCAUGUCCAACAGGAUUCUGUUAUCUUUUGUACGAAUUGUGAGAUUGUCAGUGCAACAGUCACUACAGCAUUAUCUGCCAAUGCCCACAAUAUGCAACAUUAAUCAUAUGAGCAUUUUAAAUUAUCAUUACUCAAUAGCUUAAGCUUUUUAUCAGCUUGAAAGACACAACCAAAAUUUUUAAUUGGUUUAAAUUAAAUUUGAAAAAUAAAAUCGAAAUAUGCGAGCAAUUUCCAGCUCUUCAUCCCAGUGAUGAAUUUUUCUGCCUGUAGUUAUUGCAUGCAGAGCAUGCAGUAAAAAGUGAGGCAUCUAUGGUGAGAGGUAGUACUGAAAUGACAUGUUGUGCUGAGUGUCACUUACCUUGGGUUAUGUUGAAAAGAGAGCAGGGAGUGGCUUUUUUUGUUUGUGAGAAGCCGGGAUGCUUCUUUUUGGUUCUGUGCAGUUAACCUCAAACUCAUGUGCAAGCUGUUUGUACAGAACAUAACAACGCUAAGAUAAACUGAGAAAAUUAGUUUGCUUCUUUCCAAAACCAAUAAAAAGUAUAACUGGAUCCUU